AUGACGGCUAUCGACAUCACCCUCUACUCAGCCUGCGCUGUAACAUUCGUACUUGUUUCACAGAUCAUCUAUCGACUUUACUUCCACCCGUUAGCUAAAUACCCAGGGCCCUUUCUAGCAAGAUGCACGUCUUGGUACGGGGCGUACCAAUCAUACACCGGAAACAUUCAUCUAGACGUCCAAAGGUGUCAUGAGAAAUACGGCAAUGUCGUACGCUACAAGCCAAAUGGUCUCAUUGUCAACACUGUCGAAGGACUACAAGACAUAUACAUGCACCCUUCCAAGACACAGAAGGCACGAGGUUACAUUGGCUUCAGGAACGGCGAGCCAGAAGUCAGCAUCAUCAACGCGCUUGACCGAGAGGAGCACGCGCCAAGGAAGAAGAUGUUGAGCCGGGCUUUCUCUACUGCUGCUUUAAAGAAGUAUGAACCCGUGAUCUACAAAACAGCCAAAGUAUUCGGCGACACUCUCCUCGCGAAUCCUGAAUCUGGCGAGAAAGCAGGAUCUUGGGGUCCUGGUCUGAACAUUGGCCACAUGAGCUCAUAUUUCACUUUCGAUAUCAUGUCGAACAUCGUCUUCUACAGCCCACAAAACAUGAUGACCGAAACCCAUGCUCGACCCAUCCUUGAAUCAAUUGACAGCACCAUGUUGAUGGCCGGUAUGGAAGUGAUACAGCCACGACUGGUCGACUACCGGAACCUAAGAAUUCGUCUCCUACCAAAUCUCACAAAGAAGAUUUUGGAACUUAGAGAACGGGUUUUGCCACUUGUAAUGGGUAGAGUAGAACUAGAGCAGAAGCAGCACGUGGACGAUAUCUUCGGAGACCUGAUUGGGCAACAAGACAAAGAAGGCUCAGGACUUACUAACGCGGAGCUCAUGGCUGAUGCAUUAGUCAUGGUAAUCGCAGGUACCGAUACGUCUUCCGUCGCCAUCUCUGGUUUCUUCUUCUACCUCGCACGCUAUCCAGAAGCCUACAAGCGAUUAGCUGCUGAGAUUAGAUCAACCUUCUCGAGCCUCGAGGAAAUCGCGCCGGGUCCAAAAUUGACGAGCUGCUCAUACCUCUUGGCUUGUAUCGACGAAGCGCUGCGACUCGCCCCUCCAGUAGCCGCUCCUCUGUGGAAGGAGAUGAGGAUGCAAGAGUCGAUAGCUGGGCACGUCCUUUUGAAGGGAAUGGAUGUGGCAACCUGCUGUUAUGCCAUUCAACGCAACCCAGCCUACUUCCCGAACCCCAAUGAGUUCAUUCCCGAACGAUGGCUGCCAGAGAACCAGAGCGAGGAGGCGCUCAAGCUGGCAAAGAGAGCAUUUAUACCUUUUUCGCUGGGAUCCCGGGGUUGUCUGGGUAAGAGCAUCGCUUAUAUGGAGCUUACUACCGCGCUAGCUCAGAUCAUGUUCCGAGCGGACUGGAAGAGUGCUGCAGGACCUUUGGGUAAAGUCGGAGAGACACGGGUUGGGGCUGAGGGAAGUGUGAGUUUUGAGCUCAAGGGACAUUUCACGAGCGAGAAGAAUGGCCCGUACAUUCAGUUUGUUCCUCGCCAGCCUGACCAGCAGGUGGUGGCUUAG